AUGGUGACGGUCUGUACCUACAAUGCACGCCCACCUGUAUUCGAGUCCUGGAUAGAAGACUUGCUCAUGCAAACGAAAAAGGAUAAGGCCCGAUGUCAUCGGCCUGGCCAAGACGAGACGACGCCACCCAUUCAACGCCGCCGUGCAAAUUUCUCGGCUGCUCAUCGUGUAGCGCGACUUGAUGAGAAUUCCACCGUUUGUAAUACUCGUUGGAAGCUUACGCACCGAUCCACGGGUCUCAGAAUGUUGACCAGAAAGGGUUCGCGUUUGGAUCCUGGGAAUUCGUAA